AUGGACGCAAAUCCAGAUUUCGACUACGAGAUGGAACCACAAGCGGCGUAUGUUACGCUCCAUAGCAGCGCCGAGGAGGCCAUGGACGAGCUCAGCAGCGAAGGCGCACCUAUGUCCGAUAUUGGCGUGCGUUUCGAGCCCGCCGACAAGGUAGCGAUCGACGUUGACUUUUACGACCCAGCAGCAGUGUCAAAGACCGAUGCAGACCUUCCCAUUCUGACUGCCUCAGCGACCCAUGUCGAGAGCGAAGAGGCCAUCGAUGCUCCCGAGGCGCUAUUAGAAGAUCAUAGCCAUACAGGCGUCUCCCCACAGUAUCUCUACGACGCCGUUACAGAGGAUGUACCCGAGGCAGCCACCGAAGCAGGCUCACACGCUGCACGGGUUGGCGCCGGUCCGUACCAAGUGCCGGACGAAGAUGACCAUCAUCUUGACAGCGUCGAGCAAGCAGCAGCACCUCCUAUCGAUGAACAAGGAUACGAUGGAGAAGAAGAAGAGCACGACGAGCUGCAACAGGAGGACGAUGCUUCUGCAGUCAAGAAUGGCGCUGUCCUCACGGCCCCGUCGGCAGAAAGCGACCAGCUCCGCGAAGACGGCCAUGACAGCGUUCAGCCAAGCGCCGAGGAAGGCGAAGGCGCACAAGGUGUCAACGGGCAUGCCUACCACCAUUCGGAAGAAGAAGCGGACAUUGCGAUACGCGUCACUUUUCACGGCCAAGACUUCGUUAUGUGGUCAGCAGAAGACAUCCCCGCGUUUCUCGCCGUCGCGCAUGCCGUCGAGAAAACCGUGGCCGAUGAUAAUGCGGACGAGGUGGUGCAGAUCGAGGCGCCGGCCCUCGAGGUCGCAAAGGAUGUACUUUGGCAGCCCCUCGACAGCCUGUUCGCUGGUCUCAGAGACAAAAUGGCGCUAGGCGAUUUCCUCGACGAGUCGCACGAGCUGAACAUUGCGUUCCCAGACCUUGAUCUCGAUGUGGCCGAAGACAACCUCUACUGUCGCGAGCUGACGUUGGACGACCUUUUGCAGCUCCACCACGGUCUCGGCCUGGAAACGAGUCUGCAUAUUCUGGUAUCAGAGCGCCCACGCUUUAUCACAAAGUACAACGAGCUUGCCCAGCACGUUGCGGGUCUCCUCAGUCAUCAAUUACAGCACAGCAGCGACGAAGAGGAAGAGGCGGCCAACGCUGGUCACUCGUUGAGAAACACAGAGGCGCUUGUUGAAACUGUGUACGAGUCGGAGGGCCUGCCAGCUGCAGGAGAAGAAUUGGGCGAGGAAACCGCAAUUGCGUUGCCAAAUCUAGCCGCUCAGGCGGGCACUGCAAGCGAUGUUGAGCAAAGCACGUCAGCCGCACUGCAAGGCGCCCUACCGCACAGCGAGGAGCAAGCACGUCAGCCAUCCAAGGUGGACAACACGGAAACGACAGUAACAAAUGAGGAUAGCGAUGCGCACCAAACAAGUGAACAGCACGAGCUCGGGACGCAACAGCAUCCCGGGACGUUGGAGGAGGAAGAGGCAGAGGAAGUGGAAGAGGAAGAGGAAGAGGAAGAGGAAAGAGUAGACGAACUUGCAGGGGAGCUCCAAGACGAACAAGAGGAAGAGCAAGGAAGAGGAGGCGAGGAGGGCAAUGCAGCACAAGCCACAGUGUCAGAGGCAGAGUACGAAGUGGCUAUCACAGAGGGUGCGGGAGAUGCUCGUCAAGCAGGGCAACAAGAGUCGGUGCGAGCAGGAGCCGGCGACGAAGACGAAGACGCUCAAGAGGCAGCAGAGGAAGAAGAUGAAGGUGUGGAGAGUCUGGAAGGCGACAAAAAAGUGUACGAGGCAGAAUAUGCAGAUCAAGAGGACGAAGAGUAUGAAGAGUAUGCUGAUGGCAUCGGUGAGAACGGAGACGAUGCGGAACAAACGUUCUACACCACCGUCAAUGACAGCUCCGGUGCCGAAGAGGACGAGCUGGAGGAGCCUCAACAAGGCGAAGCGCAAGGCUCAUCGUUCGAUCAGCCGCCGAACGAUCCCGAAUCAACCUCUGCUUAUGAAGCCGGCGAUGACGAGCAAGAUUGGCAAGACCAAGUUGAAGAGCAGAUCGUAGAGUACACCGAAGAGCACGCCGAAACCGCCUUGGCCGCUGGAACGCCUUCAUCGACAUCCUCGACAUCGUACAACACAGCAGCUCAACGCAAGCGCGGUCUGGACGAGCAAGAUGACGAUGAGGCUCUGUACGAGCAGGAUGACUACGAAGCCGAAAGCAAACGCGUCAAGGUGGAUUAA